GGCGGCGGAAGCGGCCGAUGGCGGGGAUGGAGCUGGGAGGUGGCCGGAGCCGGUAAUUUAGGUGGUUUUCUAGCAUGGACACUGUUGCUAGCCAUAGCUGUCAUCUUCUGCAGCAGCUACAUGAACAGCGCAUCCAGGGGCUUCUCUGUGACUGCAUGCUGGUGGUCAAGGGUGUCUGCUUCAAAGCACACAAGAAUGUGUUAGCUGCUUUCAGUCAAUAUUUCAGGACCCUUUUCCAGAAUUCUUCAGGCCAGAAGAAUGAUGUGUUUCACUUGGACAUCAAAAACGUAGGUGGCAUAGGCCAGAUCCUGGACUUCAUGUACACCUCCCACCUGGACCUUAGUCAGGACAACGUACAAGCUAUGCUGGACAUUGCACAGUGCCUCCAAGUGCAAAAUGUGCUGAACAUUUGCCACACCUUUUUAAAGUCUUCCACAGCUGUGGAACAGGCAGCCAGCAUGCCAUGCAACAGUGUGUUUUCACUGCAGAACACUCUGGGUACAGAUACCAGCUGUGCUGGGGAUGCCUAUGGGACAAACCUAUUGCCUGAGUGCUCAGCUGACAGACAGACUAACAAAGGCUUGGCUGAGCAGAACUCACAGUCUGUGAAUCUGCACACCCCAUCAGGUGAUGGACACAAACCACCACAAGAUUCCUUAGAUGGCAGCUGCACAGAGCUCCCAUUUAAACAACCAAAUUAUUACUAUAAACUGCGCAACUUCUACAGCAAACAGUUCUACAAACAAAACGCUUGCUCUGAUCACGAGAGAGGAGCAGAACCAGCCUUUUCUUACAGCACAUCCACGGAAAUAAACACAGUGCAGAGUAAUUCUUGCACUGUCAAUCACUCUGAGUGUAUUCUGGAAACCUCUGAGCAUUUACCAUCAAACUUCCUGGUUCAGUCUGCAAGUGAAGCUGCUCCAGACCAAAAUGCAGAGAGCACGGUUGUGCAGCCCACCAGACAGAUGCGGCUGAAAAAGGCAGUGCACCUCAAAAAGUUAAAUUUCCUAAGAUCUCAGAAAUCAGCAGAGCAGCCCCCUGAGCAGCCCCAAAGAGAUGACAGUAGAAUAACAGAAGUAAUUGAACCUGUAAAUGAAAGUGCCACGGACACAACAGAUGUUAGAGUUACUGAUGAAAAAGAAGCUGAAGAUUUAAUGAAUUCAGAGAAUUUUGAACAGACUGUUGAAAUGGAAAGAUCUCAAGGUCCUUUGGAACAAGAAGGACAAUCACAGACUCUUCAGUCACAGAAACAAUAUACUUGUGAGUUAUGUGGGAAGGCUUUCAAACAUCCAAGCAAUUUGGAGCUACAUAAAAGGUCUCAUACAGGUGAGAAACCUUUUGAAUGUAACAUUUGUGGGAAACACUUCUCACAGGCAGGUAAUCUCCAGACGCAUUUACGUCGACAUUCUGGUGAGAAGCCAUACAUUUGUGAAAUCUGUGGCAAAAGAUUUGCUGCUUCUGGUGAUGUUCAGCGUCAUAUAAUUAUUCAUUCUGGAGAAAAACCUCACCUGUGUGAUAUCUGUGGCAGAGGUUUCAGUAACUUCAGUAAUUUAAAGGAGCACAAAAAGACCCAUACAGCAGAUAAAGUGUUCACCUGUGAUGAAUGUGGGAAGUCAUUUAAUAUGCAACGAAAAUUGGUCAAGCACAGGAUAAGGCACACUGGAGAGAGACCAUACAGCUGUUCAGCUUGUGGGAAGUGUUUUGCGGGCUCUGGUGACCUGCGGCGGCACGUGCGGACGCACACGGGCGAGAAGCCCUACACGUGCGAGACGUGCAACAAGUGCUUCACGCGCUCGGCCGUGCUGCGGCGGCACAGCAAGGUGCACUGCAGGGCCCUCGAGGAGCUCGCCCAAGGGAUGGACAAGUCCCAGAGCUCUGACUCCUUUGGCCCGGAGAUGUCUGUCACAUUGCUACCAGUGUCUGUUAAAUUUCCCAUUCAUCCCGCUGGAAGCUCCCCUGAAUUCGACAGUUCCGCGGAUUCUUACUGUAAGCUGCGAUCCAUGAUCCAGCACCACGACUCGGCAAACGCAGAGAAGCUCGGUGUGGAUUCUGGCAAGGCGCUGAAAGGCCAGGCCCAGCCGGCCCCAGCGGCACCCCCAGCGUACGCUUACCCCGAGGUGGAUGUGCCUGCAGCAGAGCAGCCCCUGCAGGCCGAGGGCAUGGCCCUGCUCCGCCCCUCCGUGGCCGGCCUGGAGGCCGAGCCCCUGGGCAGCCGCGCCUCCUCUGCCGCCUACAAGAGCAACGAGGGCCCCUUCUUCUCCAGCAUGACCCUCUGGGGCUUGGCCAUGAAAACCCUGCAAAAUGAAAGCGAGUUGGAGCAAUGAGGGCUCAGCUGGCUGUACCAAAACUUCUCAGAGGUGGUUCAUGUGGUUGCGGUUGCACUGCAGCACAGUCAGUUUUUAGGCCAGGUGGCUUGGACACUGACAGGAAUCAGAGUGCUUGUUCCCAGAACCACAUGUAGGCUGCCUUUAUUUACACUGCUUUUUAGCAAAGUUUAAAUGCACUGUUGGGGACCUUUGUUGUUCUGUGACUGCACUGUGUAGCCAUGAUUUACUAAAAUUUGCCACCAACUAAAUUUACCAUUUAACUUGGAAUUUUUUUACCUAAAAAUUGACGAAAGGAUGGCCAGUGUCUAAGUUCAUGAUAUGGGUACAGCUCCCAGCAUGGGUCAUCAGAGCUGUGGGAUGGUGUAGAUAUGACAGGAGGAAAAUGCUUAACCAAUCCCUAGUGAAUGUGAGUUUCAGUAGUGGCUCUCUUACCAGUAGGGUCAUUGGGUUACAGGACUUGAGUAUUGUGACAUUGAAUUUAAAUGUUAAAUACUGGGCAAUAUUUGUGAUAGUGCAAAGUAACUGAAUAUCUAGAAACUUUAUUUUUUUACAAUAAAAGCUUUUUUUUAGUAUUUUAUAAACUGUUUUGCACAGCAGAUUAUUUGUAAAAUGAAGGCGAAGAUCAAGUUGUGAAUA